AUGCAAGGGAGUGACGGCUUACUACGGAGAGCGCCAGGUGGGGGUACACCUGUUCUUAGGGAGAAUGUGGAACCUGAAUUAGAGCACAAAGCCCGAAGAGUGAGUGAAAAAUUUUCUGAAAAUUUACACAUCAUUGCCAAUGAACCAUCUCUAGCCUUCUUCCGAAUUCAGGAACACGUACGAAAAUCACUUCCACAACUUGUAGAGCAAAAGCAUGAAGUUCAAGAAAUCCAACAGAAUGUUCAAGGAGCCUGUUUUGAUACAGAAUAUGCCAAAAAUGCUGUAAAUGCCAUGCAGAACAGCAGGAUUCACUUCCAAAAUAUCCAAGAUUUGCUGAAGAAUGCUAUGUUUAUGAAACAACAAAUCGAAUAUGAAGAGUCAAGAAAACAGCAAGAGAAGCGUCAUCCAAGUAUGUAUUUUGCUGGUAGCAGUACUGUCAAUUGUACAUCAGUGGCAGAGAGUAGUGGUGCUGGCUCAAGCAGUGGGGGACUCAUGAACACCAGCUGUACAGACAGUAGUGAUAGUUCUAUGACUCAAAGUGGCUCAGGACAGCCAAGGUAG